UAUCUAUCCGACCAUCCCACGGUCUUGUUGGUCUGGCAUCUCGUUGUCACAAGCAAACAACACCAUCAUUCAUGGCAUCCAGACGAGCAGUCGCAGUGCUGAGGCCAGCCUCCAAUGCCUAUGGGCUGCGCAGAGAAUGCGCCCAGCGAGUCCAGUUCUCGACUCGCACCCUCACAAGUCGAGCCUCACAACCCCGCAAGCUCGCGCAGCAACCACAACAAUUCGUCCGUCUAGCUUCAUCAGCUGCCUCCAAAGAGGAAUUGGGCAAGACGGGGCUGUAUGAGCUGCACAGCAAGUACGGCGCCAAGUUUGUGCCCUUUGGCGGCUACUACAUGCCCGUGCAGUACAGCGACCAGAGCAUCAUCGAGUCGCACACGUGGACACGCGAGAAGGCGAGCUUGUUCGAUGUUGGCCACAUGGUUCAGCACAACUUCUCGGGCCCCGGCGCAGAGGCCUUCCUCGAGCGCAUCACCCCAGCAGGCAUCGCCGCCCUCCCCGAGCGCCAAUCGACCCUCUCGACCCUCCUGCACCCCGAGACGGGUGGCAUCGUCGACGACACGGUCAUCACGCGCCUGCCCGGGAAGUUUUACGUCGUCACAAACGCCGGCUGCAGGGAAAAGGACACGGCCUACCUGACUGAGCAGCUCGAAUCGUGGAAGAGCGAGCAACCCGACCAGCCAGUCGAGUGGAAGAUCCUCGACGGCCAAGGUCUCAUCGCGCUGCAGGGCCCCCUCUCCGCAGACAUCCUCGCCCGCGUGCUCGAGAACAAGUCAGUCGACGACCUCAAGACGCUGUACUUUGGCCAGUGUGUCGCUGUGACAAUCAAGGGCACCGACGCUGAGGUCCUCGUCAGCCGUGCAGGCUACACGGGCGAGGAUGGCUUCGAGAUCAGCAUCCCCUCCUACGCGACCGAGGCCAUCACCCAGUUCCUGCUUGAUUCUGCCAAGGACGAGCUGCGGUUCGCGGGACUGGGAGCACGCGACACCCUGCGUCUAGAAGCAGGCAUGUGUUUGUAUGGCCACGACCUAGACGACACCACCACGCCCGUCGAAGCAGCGCUGUCCUGGAUCAUUGGCAAGGACCGUCGCGCAAAGGGUGGCUUCCACGGUGAUUCAGUCAUCCUGCAGCAGUUGAAGAAAAAGUCCGAAGGCGGUGGUGUAUCCCGACGCCGAAUUGGGCUCGUCGUAGAAGGCGCGCCGGCUCGUGAAGGCGCUGAGAUUGUCAAUGAGGCGGGCGAGAAGAUUGGCAACAUCACUUCAGGCUGCCCCUCGCCCACGCUGAAGAAGAACAUUUCCAUGGGUUACAUCAAGGACGGCAUGCACAAAGCGGGCACAGAAGUCGACGUCGUGGUUCGGGGCAAGAAGAGAAAGGCUGUCGUCACCAAGAUGCCGUUUGUUGCAGCAAAGUAUUUCAAGCAGGCUACGACGGCGAAGGCGUAGGCAGUGAUACCCGUGUGUUUAGACAAUGAACAUGAUAUUCUUUAGGUUUGAUAAGUGCCGAAAGCUACCGUAUCGACUUGUCGCCCGUGGGUGCUAAACUAGCGUCCGCGCCUUGUCAACAUUGGCAGGACAAAUCAUCUGGGACCUGCGUUUUUCAUGGCUAAGGUAUACGCAAUGUAUGCAGAUCAUGAGUGUUGCCAUUGCUAUGGUGAAGUCGCAGAAUGCCUGCAACGACGGCUAUCGAGAUCAAGACCGGGCUGGUAGAUUCAACCAACCCCCACACUCACUACAAAGUGCCGUGUCGAAUCUUCGGUCGGAGAUCUGACGAAGGUAGACCAGACAUGCAGUCGAACAAGCACUGCAAGAG